AGUCAGAUCAGCUGAUUUAUGAUGGGCACGUUCACGUAACACUGGUAAUUUACCGUAAUUUCAUUUUUACCCAAUCCGAGUGAAAUAAUUCAUUGAUAACUGGAGUCCAUUUCUGUGAUAAAAAAGGAAUUUUUUUAAUUAAUUGCAAAAGUAAUCCUCUCUCAGAGAAAAGUUAUUACAUAUUAUUCAAUAUUAAUUACCCCAGACGUUUCAAUUGUUCACCGCGAUUAUUAUUUUUUACUGAACUUUCAGGAUCAAAUGGAAUGGAAGUGAUCAAUGUAGAUCAAGUGAUCAGCUGAUCAAUUUCGCAGCUACGUUUUACUUCCUCAAGAACCACUCCUCAGGCUGUAAAAACCAGGAGACCAGGUACCUGAGGCAUUCUAAUAGUUCGUUCUGCUGAAGCUCAUAUUUCUCCAUACUCAGCGGUAUGGAACGAUACGACGAUGCUAGAAAAAGACGUGAUUUGCAGAAAAUAUUCGUAAAACAAGUCUUGUUAAAUAAAGUGUUUGUUGGGCGAUAUACUGAACGAAGACUGAUUGAAUCUUUAUCCAAAUAUGCCGAUGUUAUCGAAGUUGAUCAAAAAGACCAUGAAUUUAACAAUACCCUUAAUAAGGUUAAUGAAAAGCUGGGAAGUUGUUCAAAUGAACGAAUGAUCAGCUGUAUUUCAGGUGAUCAAACCGAAGGGUAUUCCAUUUUCACUGAUUUAUCUGGUUGUGCAUUUGGUUCUUAUUGGUUUAUGAUCAAAGAUGUAAUGUUUACCGAUACUUCUGUAUCCAUUAUCGUUAAAUGUUUACGAACUUAUGAAGUGGACGUUGAGCCAUUAACAACCAAAUAUCUUUCAGAAGUUUGGAAUAAUUUCGAUUACUCGAAAUUCAUAUCUAGUGUUUUACAUAACAUUGCAUCCGUCUGCACUAAAGAAAAUAUUAUCAGCACUUUUCGUUUUUUAAGCGCAGUAUUUUUAUCUUUAGCUGUCGGUUCUUAUGAAUUAUUACAAUUAUUAUUAAAAUUCUUUCACGAACUGAAUAACACGUUUCACAUCUGCGUGCCCGUAUUAAUCGCAGCUAUCGAAGGUCUGACCAAAGCUUUCGGCGGUUUACUAAUUUUUUUCACGUAUUUAUUUAAAAAAGAAUCGUCACAAAAAAUGCCUAAUUUUAAUUUACAAAAUAAACCGAAAUAUUUGCAAUAUAAUCCGAAUACGAGUAAUAAAUACGCUUCCUAUCAAACACCCAAUCGAGGUUUCCAUUACGAGGAUAGUAAAAAUAAUUUCUACUACAAUCAAAAUGUGCGCUGAAACUGGGCAUUUUUCUGUUUUGUUUAUGAAUUGAAUGUUGAGUGUGGACACAUUUUGCUGUGAGCUAAGAAGUCAAUAAUUUAUAAUUUAUGAUCGAAACUUCAAUCAAAGUAUAAACUUUUUUACAGUGUCAUUUAUCGAUAUUAUUUCGAUCAAGCAUUUUUGUUUCUAAGUUGAUUUUUUGAGUGCUUUUUAACGAAGUAUUAUUAUUUUGUUUUGUAAACUUUGUUACUUAUAUUUUUUAAUGUAAAAAUUUAAUAAAUUGUUUUCGUCACAAACAA